AUGCUUCAAGAAAACAACUGCUUCCCCCCCUCCUCCAGCCCCUCAGUUUCGACGAAUUCGUUAAUUGAUCCAUUGGUUGAUGCGACAAAUUCUCUAACACUUAAUACCCAAACUAAUCCUCUUCCAAUUGUGAAGAAUAAAUGUAAAUCUUGCAACAAGAAGAUUGGAUUGACAGGGUUCGAUUGUAAAUGUGAGGGAAGUUUUUGUGGGAUGCAUAGAUAUCCAGAGGCACAUGCAUGGAAGUUUGAUUACAAGACUCCUGCUAGGGCUGUUCUGAUGAAGGAAAAUCCAGUCUGUAAAGGAGAUAGACUCGUGGAUAGGGUUUGA